CACCCGACUCAGUCGUAUUAUUAAUCCCACUCAGCCUGCGCUCGACUAUCUCCAGAAUAUUUCGUUAUCAUAUAUCUCUAAUAAUGACAGUCUCAAGGAAACUCCUGUGUCUGCUGUCUCUGGCACUGUCUUCGACUGUUGUUAGUGCCCACGAGCACGACAGCGAUGAAAUCCCCGAGGGCGAGUACAUCUCCGUCGAGCCCAUGGACUCCAUCCUCUGGACACACAUCGUGCUCAUGAUGAUUGCUUUUGGCUUCAUCUUCCCUAUCGGCAUGAUCCUCGGCAUGACCAAAAACCGCUUCCACGUCCCUCUCCAGGUGACGGGCGCAGUAAUCGCCAUCGUCGCCUACUUCCUCGGUCAUCACCACAAGGGCCGCGAAUUCCCCAGCCACAACAUUCACUCCGUCUUUGCCUCGAUGUUGAUGUGGUUUAUGUUCACCCAGGUUGGUCUGGGUGUGUUUUGCAAGCUGCACAUCGAGCGAGGAAUUUUGGGAAAGAUUCGGCCGGUAGUCGCGUUCGUCCACAAUGUUAUGGGAAAGCUGAUGCCGAUUUUGGCGUGGGUCCAAAUGGGUUUCGGUGGUAUCACUGCUCUUGGUUUCUGCCAUGAUAGCCAUUUGGGACAGUGCCUUGCCCAUGGUAUUAUGGGAAGUGCGUUUAUUGGAUACGGAUGUAUGCUGGCUAUCAUGAUGAUGGUCGGACAGGCGUGGAUUGCUCGCCGGGGCCGCAGUCAGGAGUUUUACGACAGCUCCGUCAUCACUGCCUGGGGCAUCGUCAACACGUUCACCGAGCACCGCUGGGGUCAGCAUUGGAGUCACGGUGAUUUCCAGCACACGAGCAUGGGAAUCGUCUGGUGGUGCGCGGGUCUCCUUGGUCUGUUCCUCUCCCGGAGAAACGGUCAGCCAACCCGGAAUCACAUCCCCGCUAUCGUCAUCUUCCUCACCGGAUGGGCUAUGUCAGUCCAUGCUCAGCACCUCGAGCUGUCUACCAAGAUCCAUGCUAUGUUUGGAUACGCGCUUAUGGGCGCCGGAGCUGCGAGGAUUAUCGAGAUUUCGUUCGUCCUGAAGGACGCUCCAGCUGAUGGCAACAUCAGAUCCUUCCAAUACCUUACUCCUUUUCUUCUCGUAUGCUCAGGCUUCCUCUUUAUGUUUGCCAACGAGGAGCAGCUUACGUUGAUUGCCGAGAACGGCAUCGACCAUGCGAGCUACACGCUAGUCAUUUACUCGGUCGCCUUCCUUGUCUUCCUCUACUUCCUCAGCUUGAUCUGGCUGUGGCAAAAGCUUUCAGGAAACGAAACGUUCGAAAGCAUUAAGUACGAGGUGGCUCCGGACGACUCGUCGGCCUCCGAUAUUGAGCUGGAACGUCAGCAGGUGAGAGAGGCGGAGGAGUUUGAACUUGGAAAUGGUGGCUAUGCCAGCCUUAGGGCAUAAGCACUCUCUGAAUUAUUUCUUUUCCUUUCUUUAUAAUAGUCUGAGCCGUGGGUGGGUGAGAAGUUGGUGUUAGAUCUGCCUGUAGUGAUGCAGCUCAAAUGACGUAAAAGUCAUUGCUCACUAUUGGUCUUUCCAAAGGUGUGAGUCUCGAAGAAGUUAUCCUUGCUAAGCUUUUAUCUCUCUGUCGAGUUAUCAUGUGCUUUUGAGAAUCACUUCAUUUGUAAAAAAGAUUUUUUAUUUGUGUUUUUUUCUUCAUUCUUUAUUAAGGCACGGUUUGGGAUUCGUUUUCAAGUUGUUUAGGUUCUCAUCAUUACUAGAAAUACGUAGUAAAUAUAGUUGACU